CAUUCGGAAACCAGAACAAACAUUUCUCACUUCUGGGGACGGAAUGCUUUGUCUAGCUUGUGGUUUCGUCCAGCUAAAACUCCUGGCCGAAUACCUAGCACGGCUCCUCCACCACCGGUUCUUUUGCAUGACGGUGGAAGAGAUGGGCCAAUUCAAGUAAGCCCCCCGAUAACGGAUCCCGUUUCCCCCCUUAGAUAUGCGUUUGAAGAUGUGUCUGCGGCCUAGCUAAGCAUACUAGUUGUGUCGGAACCGCAUCCCGGUUCCAGGGGUUAGCAUUUGUUCCCUUCGUGGUCGGUUCUGCCCCCCGGCAGUUCUUUCCAACCCCUGUCUGUUUCUCCUUGGUAUAUUAGUGGGCCCCCGUGUUGUCGUUCGUAAGGUCUGCAACCCACAAUAGCCGCGCACCAGGGCUAGGUG